AUGGAGCUAUGUGUGACUGCAAAUCUUGAAAACACCUUGUGUGAGGAGGGAAAGUUGGCUCUGGAGCAGUUGUUAAAGUUUAUGGUGCACCCUGCCAUCUCCAGCAUUAAUCUCACCACUGCACUUGGAUCACUGGCUACGCUGGCCAGACAGCGGCCCAUGUUCAUGUCUGAGGUGGUGCAGGCAUAUGAGACGCUACAUGCUAACUUGCCCCCGACUCUGGCUAAGUCUCAAGUGAGCAGUGUGCGCAAGAACCUGAAGCUGCAUUUGGUUUCGGUGCUGAAGCACCCCAGCAGCGUGGACUUCCAGGGCCAGAUUUCCACUCUGCUGCUGGAUCUUGGUAUGUCUCAGAGCGAGAUCACCCGCUGCACGCCAGCCACGGUACAGCCCCGUAAGAGACUCCACCAUGAGCCCUACGUUGAGGGCAAGAGGAUCAAGAUGGAGGCCACUCUAGUGGAGGAUGAUGAUGAUAAGGAAGAACCAGCUCCAGUCAUCACCCCAAAACCAUCCUCCUCUGCUGGCACCCAAUCAUCCAUCGAUCUCACUGUUAUCACAUUCAGAGCUCCUGGGGCCAGUGGCAGAAAAAAAGUGUUCAAAUUGGCUGACGUGGUGCAGCCUUUCUCAGAGGCUCAGAUCGAGAAACUCGCCAACAUGGCCAUCAAGCGGAUCCUUCAAUCAGAAAAGGCCAUUGCACAGAGUGGGAUGUCCCAUGUCCGUGUGAAGUUGCUUGCACGGUUGGUGACCCAGUUUGAGGAUGGGAAGAAAAAUGACUUGUUGCAGUUUAUUUUGGAGGAUAUGCGGGGCAGAAGUGAGCUGGCCUUUUCUCUGCUGUUCCAUGAGUACAAUGAAUACCUGAGUCAGCAGCCCUCGGGUUCUCUGGACAGCUAUGAGCACUGUCUGUUCACACUGCUGUCCGGCCUGCAGGAGAAACCUGAGCAGAGGGAUGGAUAUGAGUGCUCAUACAUUAGGAGAGUGGCUGCUCCCUGGACAGAGGAGACAGUGCGGCAGUGUCUUUACCUCUAUCUCUCCCUCCUUCCCCUCAACCAUUGUCUGGUGCACGAGUUGGCUGCCGUCUACACCGAGGCCAUCGCCGACAUCAAACGCAGUGUGCUCAGGGUCAUUGAACAGCCAAUAAGAGGAAUGGGAAUGAGCUCUCCAGACCUGCUGCUCCUGGUGGAGGACUGUCCUAAAGGAGCGGAGACGCUGGUCACUCGCUGUCUGCACAUACUCACUGAUAAAGUGCCUCCAUCUCCUGAGCUGGUGGAGAGAGUGAGGGAUCUUUAUCAUAAGCGAGUGCCAGAUGUUCGUUUCCUCAUCCCAGUGAUCAAUGGCCUGGAGAAGAACGAGGUGAUCCAGGCUCUACCCAAACUCAUCAAACUCAAUCCCAUCGUGGUGAAGGAGGUGUUCAACAGACUGCUGGGCACGCAACAUGGUGAGGGCAGUUCCUCCAUGUCUCCGCUCACUCCUGGAGAGCUCCUCAUCGCCUUACACAACAUUGACUCCUCCAAGUGUGACAUGAAGUCAAUCAUCAAAGCCACUAACCUGUGUUUUGGGGAGAAGAACGUGUACACCUCCGAGGUGCUGGCUGUGGUGAUGCAGCAGCUGAUGGAGCAGACCCCUCUCCCCAUACUGCUGAUGCGUACGGUCAUCCAGUCCCUCUCUAUGUACCCUCGCCUGGCCGGUUUCGUCAUGAACAUCCUUGCCCGACUCAUUCUCAAACAGGUGUGGAAGUAUCCUAAAGUGUGGGAGGGCUUUGUAAAGUGCUGCCAGCGCACCAAACCCCAGUCCUACAACGUUCUCCUCCAGCUGCCUCCACCACAACUGGCUAGUGUGUUUGAGCGCUGCCCGGAGAUGAGGGAGCCUCUCCUACAGCACGUUCACUCCCUCACCCCUCACCAACAAGCCCACAUUCCAGCAUCUAUAAUGGCCGUUCUGGAGGCCAACAGCAGGAAGCCAGAACCAGAACCACAAGCUGAACUUCAUCAUCCAGAAAUAAUAGAAGAGCGAGAGGUGCCAGUACCAAAGCAUAUAUCAAUGCCUGCACCAGUAUCACAAGCAGAACCUUCAGCCCCGACUCCCAUAGUGUUUACUGAACCACCACCACCUCAACAACAACAACAGAUCCCAGCCAGGAGGGAAGAAGAAGAAGAAGAAGAGCCCAUGGAGCAGAGAGAGACGGACCAUGCUGCUCUGGAGGUCACGUCUGAAGCCGCAUCGCAGCAGAUAGAGGUGUCUGAGGAGGCUUCACAGUCCAAUUCCAUUUCAGAGAAGACAGACGAACCCAUGGAGGAGUCAGUUGCGAUGCCUGUGGAUGCACCUGACCAACCCAAAGAUGAGUCUGAGGAUGUGGUUCCAGAAGCAGAAGAAAGCAGUGUGGACUGAUGCCAUGUGAAAUAAGACUGAAUGAAUGCACUGACUCUGAGAAGAUGUGUCAUUUUAUGUUGCUUUGUUCAGUGUACUAUGUAUCUGUAAGUUAGAAGUAAAAAUGAAAUGGAAUAUUUUGGUUAGUUUCUUUAAAGGUUAUGACUCGUUGAAAUUACUUGGAAAAUAAGUUGAAUUUGUAUGUGCCACAAUGUUUUCAUUUCUAGAAUAAAAUGCAAUCUCCAACCUGUAAAAAUGAGAAACAAAUCAUUGGUCUCUGUACUUCAAUCUCUCGUUAUUAUGUUAAUUUUGAC